CCUGCACGAGCCGUUUUGCAGCUUUCUACCCUGAGUCGCGGGAGGACGACACAAUCGAAUGGUCCCUCGCGCGCCGCCGCCCUCCCUCCGUCACGGUGAGGUCAGUCAGGCCAGGGCCUUCGGCCGAGCUGAUCGCUGCAGGCACGACGUCACAUCCCCUGUCUGGCGGCGCCAGCAGCCACGAAAGAGAAAUCCACUGUCCAGCGCCUAGCCCUCUUGGACAUUCCACGACACAACCGCUUCGUCCCUCCGCCAAAAGUCGGCGUCAGCCUCCCAGCUCACCGCAUCUCCCCACGGCUGUCCCAGGCAACAUAUCGUCCUGUUUUUCCAUGUAGCGAACGGUACACAACUGCUCCAGCACGCGCCGCGUCGUCUCAAUCAUCGGCAGCAUGAUCACCAGCGCAGUGCUGUUGCAAUGGCUCGCUUGGGGCCUGCUGCCGUCUGCCGUUCCUGCAGCGCCAACCCACAGCCAGCUUGUCCUGCAGGUGCCCUCCAGCUCUAACAGGCAACCCCUCCGCAAGCUGCAUGGGCGCUUCCUGCAUAUCACAGAUAUUCACCCGGACCCUUUCUACAAAGUCCACUCCUCCACAGAGGAGACAAUCGCCUGCCAUCGCGGCCAUGGCCCGGCCGGCACAUAUGGUGCGGAGACGUCGGAUUGCGACUCGCCCUUUUCUCUUGUCAAUGCCACGCUCGACUGGAUCAGCAAAAACAUCAAAGACGACAUUGACUUCGUAAUAUGGACGGGCGACUCGGCAAGGCAUGAUAGCGACGAGCAAGCACCGCGGCACAACAAGGAGAUCCUCGAGACGAAUCGCCAAAUCGCCAACAGCUUCUCGGCCACGUUCUCCGACAAGCAUGGCUUGACCAUCCCGAUCGUGCCGACCUUCGGUAACAACGACAUAUUCCCACACAACAUCUUGAUGCCAGGGCCGAACGAUGUGCUCCGCAGCUACACGGAUAUAUGGCGGGACUUCAUUCCGGAGGCGCAGCGCCAUUCGUUCGAGUUUGGAGGCUGGUUCUACGUCGAGGUUAUUCCAAACAAGCUCGCCGUCUUCAGCCUGAAUACGAUGUAUUUCUUUGACCGCAAUGCCGGCAUCGACGACUGCAUACACCCGAGCGAGCCAGGUACUAAGCACUUUGAGUGGCUCCGGAUUCAGCUGCAGUUUAUGCGCAAUCGCGGCAUGAAGGCAAUUCUCAUGGGCCAUGUCCCGCCUGCACGGACGGCGACCAAGCAGCUCUGGGAUGAGACGUGUUGGCAAAAGUACACUUUGUGGCUACAGCAGUAUCGCGAUGUCGUUGCCGGUUCGAUAUAUGGGCACAUGAAUAUCGACCACUUCCUGCUUCAAGAUACAAAGGAUCUCGACUUUUCGCUCAUCGAGGCUGCAGGCAGCCGCUUGAAGGAGUUGCGAGAGCCGCUCGAGGACGACAUGUCGAUCAAUUCAGGAGCAGAUUACCUGCUCGAUCUUCGUAAUAUGUGGUCACAGCUGCCAAAGCCUGCGUCCGUCAAGAGUUUCGCGGACACCCAGGGCAAGAAGAAGAAGAAGAAGAACGGGGGCAAGAAGCACAAGAAGGACAAGCUUGGGGGUCCGUAUGCGGAGCAUUUCCAACUAAGCCUCGUCAGCCCGAGCAUCGUGCCCAACUAUUUUCCCAGCAUCAGGAUCGUUGAGUACAACAUUUCUGGGCUCGAGAACGCCGUAACCUGGGUAGAUCACAUCCGGGGGUUGAGCACCGACCCCCUGUCGACAAUGAAUGACGUGGACGAGACCGUGCUUGAGGAGGACCAGGCACAGGAGAUCCUCGAGCUGAGAGCCGUCUCCGAUGAAACGGCCGAUGCCCAAGGAAAGAAGAAGAAAAAGAAGAAGCCCAAACAGCCUAGCUUCACUGUCCCUGACCCCCCUCCCAAGUCAGCAAGCCCCGGCCCAGCUUACUCGCCACAGCCGCUGACAUUCACUGGAUUCACACAAUACUAUGCGAAUUUGACGAGAAUCAACAAUGAUAUUGCGUCAAGUGCCCACAGCGAUGAUGAUGGCGACGUGGAGCCCGCGAAAUGGAACCCUGGAAAACACCACGGCAAGAAGCCGAAACACGAUAAGCCGUCGCCAAACGAGUUCACGUAUGAAGUGGAGUACGACACGUUCAACGACAGAAUAUACAAGCUCAAGGAUCUGACUGUCCGGAGCUUUGUGGAGCUUGCGCACACGAUCGGGCAGACCUCCGCCAAGGCGAAAGUCGGGAUGCGAGACGCAUCUGAUGAGGGCGAUAGUGAGGACGAGUUCGACCAAGAGGAUACCGAGGCUGAGGAUAGUGAAGGUGAAGAUGAAGAUGAAGAUGAAGAUGAGGAAGAAGACGACGAGGAAGACGAGGACGAGGAUGACGACAUUGACAGUGUUGGUGAACCAGACGAGCCACAUGUCGAAGGCAAAAAAGGCAAUAAGGGAAAGAAAGGCAAGAAGGCCAAAAGGAAGUCCAGGAAAGUCUGGCUGCAUUUUGCGAAACACGCAUUUGUGAGCACAAGGAGUACCAAGCAGCUCAAAGGCAUUGACCAGUGAGAGGCAAGCGAGCGAGCAGACUAGCAUUUUGCAUAAGAGAAAGAAACCAGUUCGAACUUA